AUGGUUAAGAACAGACAUCACAGAUGUCAACAAUAUGGCAGCAAGAAUAUAGAGAAUGGCCUCAUACUGAAUGAGAUCACUGGACUCAAAGGCUUCAUUGUACCUACACCAAGAGGGACAAUUUCCAGCAACUCUUGCCAUAGUUCUACAAUGUGUCUUAACAGAGGUUCAGAUAUGCUGCUAUUGUCAACAGCUAUGUGCCAAAGUAAGUGUAUUAGUUUAGUGCAUGCAAGAUACCUAAAAGUUAUUUUCAAUUUACAUUUCAGAAAAAAAGGUCUAAUUCUUAAUCUUUCAUCAGCCAUUGGCACCUUUCCUUGUCCUUUAUAUGCAAUCUAUUCUGCAUCUAAGGCUUUUGUACACACAUUUUCCAAAGCACUUCAAGCAGAAUAUAAGUCAAAAGGAAUUGUGAUACAGGCAGUGACUCCCUUUGCUGUUUCUACUCCGAUGAUCAUGCAUAAACAGCCUAAUUUGAUCACCAAAGCAGCAGAAGAGUUUGCACAAGAGUCACUGAGAUAUGUUACACUUGGUGAUGAAACAUUUGGAUGUUUAGCCCAUGAAAUCUUGGCACGAUUUGUACAAUGUAUUCCUUUUCGGUUGCUCCAGAGCAACAAAGUACAAGAAACUGUGAUAUGUUAUAUGAUGGAGCAUUCCAAAAGAUAAAAUCUUAUCCACCUCAGUGAGCCUGCUUCAGGAUCUGGUAUGAAUUAUAGCAGCAGUCAACUUGAUUAAUUGCAAGAUUUUGAAACACACAUGAAAAGAGUCCUUCAAUAUCUUUUUUUAAAAAAUCAUGUAUUCAUUUCUGCUUUGUUUAUCCAUUUUUUAUUGCUUCCACUAUUUGCUGAUGCAUAUUCUUAAGCACUGUUAUUUCCACCAUGUUUUAUAUUGUUGAUUUGAUUUUCACAAUGACUUUAGUGGGAAAAAGUUCAGAUAUGAACAAAUGAGCAAAUGGAGUAAUGAAUAUUCAGUAUGUAUCCCUUCUGUAAAUCAAAGCUAUGAUAUAAUUUUAGUCAAUUAUCUGAUUUUGUCUGUUGUAACUAAAAGUGAUAAUUCAUCCCAAAAGAGAAUACUUUUCUUUUUAAAUGAUAGAUGGCAAUUAUUUUAAAAGAAAUGAAGAUGCCUUUUUAAAGAUAAUGCUUGCUAUCUAUCUUUCUAUAGCUUUCGAUCAUCAUCUAUCUAAUCUAUUUCUUGAUCUAUCUACAUGCAUUUUUGCAGCUUAAUAAAUAUUAAUCACAAAGCCACUUGUUUUCUCUUUUGCUUCUAUAUCUUCCUUAUUUUUCUUCUGAAGCCCAAACAACCACCAUACAGAGUGAUAAUUAGAAUAGAUAUGUACUGAUAGUAUCCAUACCUGUUAAGAAAUAUUUAGCAUUAGGUAUUUUUAUCAAGGUCUAUUUCUGGGCUGAUUCAUUCUGAAUACAUACAGUUCAUCUGUAGUUUGGUUGAAAUUUUUGUAACUUUGAGUUCAGAAUGAACCAACCCAGAAGUUAAUAAAAAAAAUCCAUCAGAUAAUAUAUGGUUAUAAUUCACUAGGUUGACUGGAUUGGAAACUUGUUUAAGGAACUGGGAAUGUUCAAGGUCUCUCUCAUUUCUUUU